CGAAAGUUGCUACUUGCUAGUAUAGAUAUAGUACUAGUGUAAAAACAUAUCUACACAGAGAAAUGAAGACAAUCGGAGUGGUGGGUGCCGGGCAAAUGGGGUCUGGAAUCGCCCAACUUGGCAUUGUUCAUGGAUUUCACGUUUGGCUUUUGGAUUCCGACUCUAACGCUCUUACUAGGGCUACCAAAUCUAUAUCCAUUUCUCUCCAACGUUUUCUUUCCAAAGGCCAACUUUCCCAGGAUGUUAUCAGUGAUGCACUGAAACGGCUACACUGUACCAUGAGUUUGGAGGAUUUUCAUUCUGCAGAUUUUGUAAUUGAAGCAGUUGCUGAAUCAGAAGUGGCUAAAAAAAAGCUAUUUGCUGAGCUGGACAAGAAAACCAAAUCGUCAGCUAUCCUAGCAUCGAACACCAGUUCAAUCUCCAUUACGCGGCUUGCUUCUGUAACAAGUCGACCAUCCCAGGUCAUUGGCAUGCAUUUCAUGAACCCUCCUCCUAUCAUGAAGUUGGUUGAGAUUAUAAGGGGUGCAGACACAUCAGAUGAGACUUUCAAUGCAACAAAAACUUUGGCAGAGAGGUUUGGUAAAACAGUGGUUUGCUCUCAGGAUUACUCAGGAUUCAUUGUGAACCGAAUCCUGAUGCCAAUGAUCAAUGAAGCAUUUUUCACAUUAUAUACUGGUGUAGCAACCAAGGAAGACAUUGACGCAGGAAUGAAGCUCGGGACAAACCAGCCAAUGGGUCCACUCGAGCUUGCAGAUUUCAUUGGCUUAGAUGUUUGUUUGUCAAUACUGAAAGUCCUUCAGGCAGGUCUUGGGGACAUUAAGUAUGCCCCCUGCCCUCUUCUCGUUCAGUAUGUUGAUGCUAAUCGUCUUGGGAGAAAGUCAGGUGUUGGGGUGUAUGACUACCGUGAUGUACCAAAAUCUACCAAGCGAAUAGCAAGACUUUGAAUUGUCUUUGUUGUCUGUCAGCGAAUGAGGUAAGUCGCCUUUUGUAUAUUGAAGUAUGAAAAGUGAACAUAUUAAGUAUAAGAUGUCAGGAUCCUCUAUAAUAGACCAUGUUUGAGGAUGCUUAAAGAUAACGCUUAUUGACUACAAUUAUCAGUGUAUUAUCAACUUUUGGUUGGUU